AUGUCUGGAAGCCCCUCGUUAUCCUCUCUCGUCCUCCCACCAUCGCAGUUCGCUCGCCUUCAACCGCAUGCCUACCUUCUCGCUCAUCUAUCACCACCACCUUCUUCGUCUACUCAGCAACAAUCGCCCAUAAGACCUAAUGGUCGUGCACCAUUAGAAUUUCGAGCUACGUCCGCCAAUCUAGGCUCUCUUUCGCAUACCAAUGGAAGUGCCGUCGUGAGAAUUGGCGAUACCGCGGCCGUCUGUGGUGUGCGCGCGGAGAUAUUGCAUACAGAAGACAUAGCUUCAUGGGAAGUUUCUACUUCGUCUGGAAGUCGUAAAAGGAGGAAAAUUAAUUCGGAUCCCAAUGAUAGCAAACAACCAACUGGAGAGGGUGCUGAUGAAGAUGAUGAUGAUUAUAUCAAGAAUCUCAAUCUGAUUGUUCCAAACUUGUCUCUGAGUACAGGUUGCGCACCUGGCUUCAUACCCAGUGCACCUCCAUCUGCACUGGCACAGGGGCUCUCACAUCAACUUCUCAACAUGCUUCAUACCACACGAUUGAUUCGUUCCGAGGAUCUGCAAAUAUGGCAUAAUCCGCCAGACUUGGAUGCCAUUGCCAAAAAAGAACAAGGUGAAGAUGCAAUGGAUACCGAAUCAGCGAGUCAAGCAGGAGAUGAAGGUUCGAUCUCGUCUUCUGCAUCAGAAAUCAAAGGAUUCUGGGUCCUCUAUAUCGAUAUAAUGAUGAUCUCCCUUGCCGGUAACCCAUUCGAUGCUGCCUGGGCAUCUAUCGUUGCCGCACUCCACGACACAAAACUACCAAAGGCCUGGUGGGAUAUCGAUAAUGAUAUGGUACUAUGCUCCGACAAGGUUUCAGAGUCACGAAAACUUAAUCUUCGUGGAUUUCCAGUAUCGUGUUCGUACUCAGUUUUUGAGGCGGAUGCUGCGGUUGAUUGGCGAGCUGUUGUUAUUCCAGAUGCAGAUGAGAACGGAGGUGUAAACAAGAAGACAUCUGGCCAACAGCAAGAGAGAUGGAUUCUGGCUGAUCCUGAUGGGUUCGAAGAGAGUCUGUGUCGGGAACGGAUAUUCCUGAUUGUUGACUCGGAUGAGAAGAGUGGUAAAACGAAGAUUUUGAGUAUGCAGAAGAAUGGGGGUUUGUCUGUGGGUCGUGAGGAACUCAGGAGACUUGUUGAUGUUUCUACACAGAGAUGGAAGCACCUGAAAAGUAUUUAUGAUGGAUUACAUUAA